CCCCCAAGGAGCGGCGGCCCGGGCCGAGCGCUAACCCCCGCGGCGUCACGGUCAGCCAGCGGGCGCCCAGCCCGCCCGGUUCCCCCCCCCCCGCCCCCCGUGCGCUCUUCUGAUUGGCUGAGGGCAUGCCCCCUGAACGCUGAUAGGCUGGCCCGCUCUUCCCUCCGCCCCGGCACGGGCCGCGCGCAGCCAGCAGCGGGGGAAGCCGCUCCAAGUCCCGCAAGCUUCGCUCAGAGCUGCGGGAGGCGCGGAUCUCGGGGCCAGGAGCCCGCGGGGCGCGCGGUUUCCGUGGGGCUGGGACUCUGUGGUGGAGCCGAGCCCGGCCAAUGGGCGCAUGAGGAAGAAGAGCGGGGAAAUGGACUGCUAUCUGCGCCGCCUCAAACAGGAGCUGAUGUCCAUGAAGGAGGUGGGCGACGGCCUGCAGGAUCAGAUGAACUGCAUGAUGGGGGCGCUGCAGGAGCUGAAGCUCCUCCAGGUGCAGACAGCCCUGGAACAGCUGGACAUCUCUGGGGGGGCUCCUGCCCCAGGCCGCCCUGCAAGCCCCCGGACACAGCUGGAGCCCCCUCAGUGGGAGGGUGGCAGAGGUGCCUCCCCCUCCAGCCAAGCUUCUCAUGGGAGCAGCGCCAGGUGCCCAUCCGACAGGAGUGUGUGGGGUAGGGAGCCAGCUCUCGGACCCAGGACCCAGCCGCCAGAGCUCCAAGGCUGUGCCGAGCAGAGGCCCGAGCUGGUGGAGCCGGAUGACUGGACCUCCACGUUGAUGUCCCGGGGCCGGAAUCGCCAGCCUCUGGUGAUGGGGGACAACGUGUUUGCGGACCUGGUGGGCAACUGGCUGGACUUGCCAGAACUGGAGAAGGGCGGGGAGAAGGGGGAGCCUAGGGAGGCGGGGGAGCCCCAGGGAGAGCGGGGCCAGUCCCGGGAGCUGGGCCGCAAGUUCGCCCUGACCGCCAACAUCUUCCGGAAAUUCCUGCGGAGCGUACGGCCUGACCGCGACCGGCUGCUGAAGGAGAAGCCAGGCUGGGUGACCCCCUCGGCCGCAGAGCCCCGAGCCGGACGCUCGCAGAAGGUCAAGAAGCGGGGCCAUCCCAAGGGUUCGGGGCAUCUUCCCUUCCCGGGCGUGGGGGAGCCCAGGCGAGGGGAGGGCACGCCCACGGGCUGCCCCAAGGCCCUGGAAGCCGCGCCCUCCGGCUUUGAUAUUAACACCGCUGUUUGGGUCUGAA